GUACUAAACCUAGUCAAAUUCCCCUUCUAUUAUAAGACCAAUAACAUUUCAACCGCAAUUUUAUAUUUCCGAGGCGACUUCUCCGUCUAAACUCUCCGACGCCGACAAACCUCGCUCACCGGAAUUAAUCAUUCAAAAAAUGGCUUUAGGUGGAACAGCUCCCCCAAGAGGAAGUGCAGCCGCAACUGCAAGCAUGAGGAGGAGGAGAACAACCGGUGGUGGGGCCUCUGGAGGAGCAGCUGGAACUAUGCUUCAAUUUUACACUGAUGACGCCCCUGGACUCAAGAUCUCCCCUAAUGUGGUUCUUGUAAUGAGCAUUGGCUUUAUAGCAUUUGUUGCCAUCCUUCAUGUGAUGGGCAAGCUGUAUUUUGUGCGUAAGGACUGAGGAGGCUUAGAGAAUAUGUCAAGAAGUUAGGUCCAUUUUUGGAUUUUUAAUACACAGAUUGUUAUGGAAUUUAGAUCUUCAGUUGCUGGAUCCACCCCCUCCUUUGCUUUUGUUUUAUGGUUCAAUACUCUGCUAAUUUUUUAACAGUUAAAAUUUAAAAUAUUUCUGAUCGUA